AAAAAUCGAUCAUCAUAGGGCACUGGUCGCAAAGCAGUGACAAUCAUUUUCUCGAACAUGAUUGUUUAUGUUGGAAGCCUUGCUUCAACAAAGAUAGUGUGCCACAUGAAGUGCAAAGACGUGGUUCGCAUCAGUCUCGUGUUAAUUCCAAAAUAAUGAAGGGGGAAGCACGUAUCGAUGAACUGGUUCAGUGUGUCAGUUUGCAUAUACCAAGAAAAUUGCUUUUCCAUGGAUACAUUUUACCGUUUAUGUGUCUUUAUGGACUGUGGAUAUAUAUUUGGGUUACCGUGUAUGGAGUUGAGGAAUAUUAUGAAGCCGGUCUGAUAGGAGUGGCGGUGAUCGGUUUGCUGCAAAUAUUGAGCUGCCUUUGCUGCCACUGGUCUGUACAUGUACACUGCUUUCUAACAUGCAAAAGUACUAAUGAUCCUUUCAAAGCGAAAGUGGCAAAAGUUGUACCAACAGCCAACAAUGGGUCCUCUGAACUAGUGUCUGUACAUCAAGCUAAGGAUGGAGUAACAAAGGAACCAGUCAUAUGGUUUAUGUUUCAAAAAACAAAGUAUGUUUGGGAUCCUGAAAAGAAGCAGUUUCGUGGCUUACAGUUUCCCAUUAGUCUCCCAUUUGGGGAUUAUAUGGACUGGAAAGGACAUCAAGAAGACAGUGAUGUGGCAAAUGCAGAUCUCAGAUAUGGAAGAAACCAGCUUGACAUGGUUAUACCAGAAUUCAUGGAGCUUUUCAAGGAGCGUGCUACUGCGCCAUUCUUUGUUUUCCAAGUCCUCUGUGUGGCACUGUGGUGCUUGGACAAGUACUGGUACUACUCUCUCUUUACACUUGCAAUGCUUAUUUUAUUUGAGUGUACACUGGUCCAGCAGCAGUUGAGAAAUAUGGCUGAAAUACGCAAGAUGGGUAACAAGCCAUACAUGAUGCAGGUAUAUAGAAAUAGACGAUGGAGACCCAUCUUUACAGAUCAGUUGGUGCCCGGAGACAUUGUGUCAAUAGCAAGAUCACAGAAUGACAAUUUAGUACCUUGUGAUCUGUUACUUCUGCGAGGCCCUUGCAUUGUUGAUGAGAGCAUGCUAACAGGUGAAUCUGUUCCUCAGAUGAAGGAACCAAUUGAGAAUUUAGAACAGGACAGAAUCCUUGACCUUGAGACAGAUGGAAAGCUACAUGUGUUGUUUGGAGGGACGAAGGUUGUUCAGCACACUCCUCCCAGUAAAACGUCAGCUGGCCUAAGAGCACAGGAUAAUGGUUGUGUUGCUUACGUGUUACGAACUGGAUUUAAUACCUCUCAAGGAAAGCUGCUUCGUACAAUAUUAUUUGGAGUUAAGCGUGUAACGGCAAACAACUUGGAAACAUUUGGUUUCAUCCUUUUUCUCUUGAUAUUUGCAAUUGCUGCUGCUGCCUAUGUUUGGGUAAAGGGUUCAGAAGAUCCAAAACGCAAUCGGUACAAGCUCUUCCUUGAAUGUGCACUGAUACUGACAUCAGUUGUUCCUCCAGAGCUUCCUAUAGAAUUAUCACUUGCUGUCAAUACAUCUCUUCUAUCAUUGUCAAAAUUAGCGGUAUUUUGUACAGAGCCAUUCCGAAUUCCAUUCGCGGGGAAAGUAGAGAUCUGCUGCUUUGACAAAACAGGGACACUCACAAGUGAUAACCUUGUAGUUGAAGGAGUUUCUGGUCUUGAGGGCCGCUCAGGAGUCACUCCCAUGUCAGAAGCUCCAUUAGAAAGUAUACAAGUCCUUGCAACUUGUCAUGCCUUAGCACAACUUGAUGAUGGUUUGGUUGGUGAUCCACUGGAAAAAGCUACACUAACUGCUGUGGAUUGGAAUCUUACCAAAGGUGAUGCUGUGAUUCCCAAGAAAGGUAAAGCUCCUGGAAUGAAGAUUUUUUAUCGGCAUCAUUUUUCAUCAGCUUUGAAAAGAAUGUCUGUUAUUGCUGGGUAUACACUAUCUGGAAGCACAGAUACAACAUAUGUAGCGACAGUGAAAGGAGCACCAGAAACACUUAAGUCCAUGUUCUCUGUCAUUCCGGACAACUAUGACUCAGUUUAUCUGGAAAUGUCUCGGCGAGGUGCAAGAGUAUUGGCAUUGGGUUGGAAAGAGAUUGGUCGUCUCACUCCACAGCAAAUACGCGAAUUUUCAAGGGAAGACAUAGAAUGUGAAUUAAAAUUUGCUGGAUUUGUAGUCAUAUCCUGCCCACUUAAAACUGAUUCAAAAAGUGUAAUAAAAGAGAUUCUUAAUGCCUCUCACCAGGUUGUGAUGAUCACUGGGGACAAUCCAUUAACGGCAUGCCAUGUUGCAAAAGAAUUAAAAUUUGUUCAAAAAUCUUUAGUUCUGAUUCUAACUAAUAGUGAGAAUGACUGGCAUUGGGAGAGUAUUGACCAGACACAGAGGCUUCCAGUUCUCCCAAAAAAUAAUUACAAGGACCUUGUUUCGAAAUAUGACCUGUGUGUCACUGGAGAGGGAUUAACAUUUUUAAGCACAGAACACAAAGGAUUUCUGUUUAAAAUCUUGCCACAUAUUACAGUGUUCGCACGAGUUGCACCAAAACAGAAAGAAUUUGUCAUCGUUACAUUAAAGUCAUUGGGAUUUACAACUCUUAUGUGUGGUGAUGGAACAAAUGAUGUUGGAGCAUUGAAGCAUGCUGAUGUAGGUGUUGCUAUUCUUUCAAAUGCACCAGAGAAAUUGCCAGAGAGGAAAAAGACAGAAAAGAAUGAGAGAGAAAGGAGUAGAAUGCCUCCAUCAUUGCCAAACUCGGUUACACACACCAGACAGGGCCAGUGGAGGCCCCAUGGGAAAGACGCACAAGCUCAAACAGAGGAGAAAAGGUUCAGAAGAAAUUUCUCCAACGAAAGUAGUUCUGGAGGAACUAGGCACCAUGAUAAGGAUACUCUAGAAAAAAGAAGUGUUGCUCAGAUUCAGAAAUUAUUGAAAGAAAUGGAAGAGCAAGAUCAAGCUCAGAUAGUUAAACUUGGAGAUGCCAGUAUUGCUGCCCCCUUCACAUCAAAACUAUCUUCCAUCAUGUGUAUUUGUCAUGUUGUGAAGCAAGGCAGAUGCACCCUGGUUACAACAUUACAGAUGUUCAAGAUACUUGCACUGAAUGCCCUUAUCUUGGCUUACAGUCAAUCAGUUCUGUACUUAGAUGGUAUUAAAUUUAGCGAUACACAAGCAACUCUUCAGGGUCUUUUGUUAGCUGCUUGCUUCCUCUUCAUAUCUAGAUCAAAACCAUUGAAGACAUUAUCAAAGCAAAGACCUCUUCCAAACAUCUUCAACCUUUACACUAUUCUAACAGUCUUGCUUCAAUUUACGGUACAUUUUGUGUGCCUAAUAUACCUAGUGCAGCAAGCAUCACUGAGAUCACCACGAAAGGAUGAAAAGCCCACAGAAAGUGUUGGUGAUGUUGACAGUGAAGAAGAAGAAUUUGCACCAAGCUUACUUAAUAGCACAGUGUACAUAAUUUCAAUGGCACUGCAAGUUGCAACAUUUGCCAUUAAUUAUAGGGGUCAUCCAUUCAUGGAAAGUUUAACAGAGAACAAAGCAUUACUAUACAGCAUUGUUGGGUCGGCUGCAGCUAUUUUAAUUUUAGCUAUGGGACUAGUGCCUGAAAUGGCGUACCAGUUUGAAAUAGUGGAAUUUCCUGCAGAGUUUCGGGUAAUUCUGGUUCAGGUAUUGAUUGCAGAUUUUGUGCUGUCAUUCGUAGUAGACCGGAUCUGUUUGUGGUUGUUUGGUGAAGGAAGACUGCAUAUUGAUUAAGCCAGCAUUCCACAAUAUCUCAUGAAGGUAUUCAUUCAUAAUUAUCUGUGAUCACAUUUUGUCCACUCUAUUAAGUUCAUGGAACUUGCAAGCAGUGUUACAUCGUCAUUUUUGAGAAUAUGCCAUCAAAUACAAAUGUAAAAAUUGUACAUUGUAAAUUUAUCCCCUUUGUAUAUAUAUUCCAUGAAAGUAUAUUUGUAUACAGAGUAACUUUAUGGUACUCAGUAAAUAAGAUAUAUUUAUGUAAUAAAAAUGUGUUAUGUCAGAGCUGUUGCUGUUGACAAUGUACGACUUGUUAAUUGGAGGAAGAAAGUUAUUUGUAAAAUACACCUUUGAUAUCUUCUGUCUGCGAAAUUUUGUUUCUAAAACUUGAACAACAAGACAGGUGAAGUAUCUCAGAAACAAUACAUUUUUCUAAAGUUGCAUCUAUUUUUACAACAUUUUUAUCUCCUUUCUAAUGCUAAUAUGGUAAUGUUCAAGGGGUAAAUGAAAUUAUUCAUGUUGGUGAAUAGUAUAAAUUUUUUAAAGCCGUGUUUACCUGUUUUGCAGUUACACGUGAGAUAUAAGAAAAUAUAAACAUUGUCUGUUAUUUACUCCCUGGCUGUUUUAUUGCCACAAACUGUAACAGACAAAAUAAUGAAAAUUCUUAUCAAAGCAAGUUUGUUUAUGUAGAUGGAAGCUUAGAAUCCAUGAUUACUCUAGUUAUAAUCCAAAGAAAGCCACAUGUAAUGCUACCAGUUUUCUAUUUUUUAAUGUAAAUAAUGUUUUACUAUUGUCUUAGAACCACAACCAAAUACCAUGUGAUUUUUGUGUGUACUUUUAUUUUUGUUAUGAAUAGUCUGUUGUUACAGUACAGGUUUAAUAUUGCUUCAGUACCAGCUUACUUUUAUAUUUGGUAUAUAUGAAAACAAACAAAAUUAAUUUUGGAGUCAUGUGAAGGUAUAACUAAAAAAUGUAGUUUCAUAAGCAGAACGAGUGUAGCAGUAUGUGCAGUAAACUAUAACCUGUUUGUAUGGAAAAAUUAAAAUAUAUUUAUGAGGUGAAAGAGAUGCAGGUCAUCUUUAAUCAGCUAAGAAAAGAUUGCAACAGAAGAAAUCCAGAGGACAGUGCUAUUGGUGUGUGUGCAGGUAAUGUUAGUAGCAUAUUUGAUGGGGGAUGUUGUUGUUUGCCAUACUGAGUGAACAUCAGAUGUGGCCCAUAAGGAGGAAAAUAUUACUGUGUUUGAUCAAAAAUGAGCCCUGUUGUUAUUGUAUCAGGAGAAUUGUGCAAUUUCAAACACACUCAUGUUUCGUAGUUCAUUAUCAAUAGUUUCUAUAAAUAAGCAGUUUGGCAUAAUACAUACUACAGUUUAAAAAAUGUUUACAUGCUUGUUUAAGAUACUUUUGAGAGGACAAAAUAAAGGUAAAAUCUUUGUAUUGUGACAUUCCAUUGGUAGCUCAAUGUCAGUCAUCUAUCUGAGCUCCAUUAUUACAUGUAAAAAUAUUAAGAGGUACUCUGUGUUGAAAACAAUUAUUCUGAGAUGUCUUGCAUUAUCUGAUUAUAGGUGGAAGAAAAGGAACAUAAUUCUUUCAAUAAAUUAUGAAGCUCAAGAACAUGGCUUGAUUGUUGACUUUACUAUCAUGAUAGGUUCCUUCAUUUAAUGAUAGUACAAAAUGUCUUGUCUGUAAAAACAGGAAAUUUUUAAAAUGAUUCAUGAACUUUUUAAUUUAAAUGUUAUUCUGUUUUCUAAGUGGUGUUUAGUUUUGAUAUGGAUAUGUUGAAUAAGUAGCAGUAAAUUUUUGAGGAAUGUUAGUGCUUGUCUGUAAAGAUAACUGUGUCCUGAGAGCUAUUUCCUUUAUUUAUUUAUUAUCAAAUAUUCAUUUUCUAUGUACUGUCAGAAUGAACAACAUAUUUUCUUGUUGUAAUGUUAAAAUGUUGAUAAACAGUUUUUAUGUAACAGUAA